AUGACUCUGGACAACGGGACUAUUCACACGACUGUUUGUGCUUACCCGCUUGACUCCUCUGCCCUUAGCCUUCACUCACGGCAACCUGGCCUUUUCUCUUUGUGGUCACACACUCGACCUCACGGACAGCUGCGAUCCUGCCUGCAACUGGUACCAGGCGGCCACUUGGGCUUGGACACUGUUGAGCAUGGGUUUCAGGCCACACAAACGCCUGACCGCCAUGAGCCAAGCAGGCUCGGAACUGGAUUUUCUCGGGGUUGGAUGCUCUUUCGCCUGUCGCAGGUAGGGACACUGCCGAUCAGACUGGCUUGUCCUACUAUGGCGCUGCCAAGGGCUUUUGUGCGAGUCGGCAUCAAGUCCGUUCGGCAGAAGGUUGGAUCGUAUUAUGUGCGGCUGCUACACCAGUGA